GACAAGGUUCCUCACGGUGAGGACAAGAUUCCUGACGGUGAGGACAAGGUUCCUGACGGUGAGGACAAGGUUCCUCACGCUGAGGACAAGGUUCCUCACGCUGAGGACCAGGUUCCUGACGGUGAGGACAAGGUUCCUGACGGUGAGGACAAGGUUCCUGACGGUGAGGACAAGGUUCCUCACGCUGAGGACAAGGUUCCUCACGCUGAGGACAAGGUUCCUGACGGUGAGGACAAGGUUCCUCACGCUGAGGACAAGGUUCCUCACGCUGAGGACAAGGUUCCUCACGCUGAGGGCAAGGAUCCUGACGGUGAGGACAAGGUUGCUCACGCUGAGGACCAGGUUCCUGACGGUGAGGACAAGGUUCCUGACGGUGAGGACAAGGUUCCUGAUGGUGAGCACAAGGUUCCUGACGGUGAGGACAAGGUUCCUGACGAUGAGGACAAGGUUCCAGACGGUGAGGACAAGGUUCCUGACGAUGAGGACAAGGUUCCUGACGGUGAGGACAAGGUUCCUCACGCUGAGGACAAGGUUCCUCACGCUGAGGACCAGGUUCCUGACGGUGAGGACAAGGUUCCUGACGGUGAGGACAAGGUUCCUGACGCUGAGGACAAGGUUCCUCACGCUGAGGGCAAGGAUCCUGACGGUGAGGACAAGGUUCCUGAUGGUGAGGAUAAGCUUCCAGACGGUGAGGACAAGGUUCCUGACGAUGAGGACAAGGUUCCUGACGGUGAGGACAAGGUUCCUGACGGUGAGGACAAGGUUCCUCACGCUGAGGACAAGGUACCUGACGGUGAGGACAAGGUUCCUGAUGGUGAGGACAAGGUUCCUGACGGUGAGGACAAGGUUCCUGACGGUGAGGACAAGGUUCCUCACGGUGAGGACAAGGUUCCUGACGAUGAGGACAAGGUUCCUGACGGUGAGGACAAGGUUCCUGACGAUGAGGACAAGGUUCCAGACGGUGAGGACAAGGUUCCUGACGAUGAGGACAAGGUUCCUGACGGUGAGGACAAGGUUCCUCACGCUGAGGACAAGGUUCCCCACGCUGAGGACAAGGUUCCUGACGGUGAGGACAAGGUUCCUCACGCUGAGGACAAGGUUCCUGAUGGUGAGGACAAGGUUCCUGACGGUGAGGACAAAGUUCCUGACGAUGAGGACAAGCUUCCAGACGGUGCCAAUAUUACCAAGGGGUUGCCCUUUACUUUUAAGCUCAUUUUUCCACUUCUAGAUAGGGAUAAAAUAGGGAUAAAAUAG